GCUCGGUGGGUCCUUCGGGACCUAGUAGCUGCUCCCGGCUACCCCAGGGCUUAGCGCUGCCCAUCAUCAUGGCGACGUCACUCCCAGGACGACGAGCAGUUUGCUACAAGAGAUUUCAAGGGCCUUUAAAUCUCUGGGUCCCUUCUAAAUCUUCCAAAUUCACUCCUCCUAUCAAGAUACCCAAUUUCUCCUCGCCUUUGUUUUCAAAAAUACCCUCAUCGAUACCAUUUCAACCAGACCCAUUCACAUACAUCUCAAAAUGUUUUCAAGACAAGCAACGCAGAAUGCACGCUUUGCGGCUCGCUGUGCACGUCGCCCGGCUGCUCGCGUAGCAAAUCCCCAGUAUCGCGCCCAACACCCGCGCUUCCAGUCAACCCAGACAGCUAGCUCCGGUAACUCGGGUGCUGGUACACAUGCCGCAGUUGGUGCUGCUUCUGGUGCUCUUGCCGCUAUCACCGUCGGCUAUAUCUUUUACAGACAAUCGGGUGCCCGGGAAGUUGUCGUGGCCUCCAAGACUGCACAAGGCUACGUCAAGUCGGCUUCACAAAAGAUCAAGGAGCAGACUCCCGAGCCAAACGAGGCGCUACAAUGGCUUCGUCAGGCCGCUCAGAGUUAUGCUGCGUUCAUCCCAGGUGCUAAGGGCUACGUUGACUCUGCCUUUGAUGAUCUCGAUGCCAUACGAGCGAAGCACGGCAACGAAGUCGACAACAUUGUGCGCGAAGCAUACGAUGAGAUGCGACAAGUUCUUGGCAAAGGCGACAUGAGCCUUGUCACUGCACACCAGACCUGGGACGUCAUUACCAAGCACAUGAGCCGCAUUGCAGACCUUGCCGGCGACGCUUCACAGCAAAUCAUGGACAACCACCCACAACUGAAGGAGAAGUUGGGCGGCAACAUCGACAAGCUCAAGGAGUACGGCGACAAGUAUGGCCCUGAAGCAAAGAAGGAAGUCGACAGGACCUGGAAGCAGAUCAGUGACGUUGUCAAGACUGGUAUGAGCGCCGGUAACAUUGAGAAGAUCAGGAGCAUAGUGCAGGAGAAGAUUGAGAAGCUGAACAAGAUGGGUGACGAGGCGUGGAAGAAGGGUAUGGAGCAGGCAAAGCCUUAUCUUGACAAGAAUCCACAAGUCAAGAAGCUUGUGGAAGAGAAUGCCGAUGCGCUGAAAGGAGGCAACGUUCAAGAGCUGUACCAGCGCGUCAAGUCAGCCGUUGAGAAGGGCGACACCGGUGACCUUCAGUCGUACAUCAAGAGCGUCGCAGACAAGGCCAAGGAUGGUGGUUUUGGCGACUACGAGCAGUACCUCAAGAAGAUUCCCGGUGGUGACCAGAUACUACCCAAGCUGAGCCAGCUUCAAGAAGUGGCCCAGAAGCAUGGCGAUGAGGCACAGAAGCUUCUCAAGGAAGCCGUUUCGGAGAUCUCGGAGAUUCUGCAAAAGAAGGGUGACGAGGCACAGAAGCUUGCUGAGAAGGCCAAGGAGGACUCGAAGAAAUAGAGUAUUGACCUCGCAUCCAUUGCAUCAAAAGCAAAUGAUAUGAAUGAAAUAAUUCAACACUAAGACAUGCGUGAACAAGCACUACUCUUGGACUAUCAAUACUUCCCUACCUC